AUGGUGAAAUCGAAGAAAUUUAGAGGUGUUAGGCAACGGCAUUGGGGCUCUUGGGUUUCGGAGAUUCGUCAUCCUUUAUUGAAAAGGAGAGUAUGGCUAGGAACAUUUGAAACAGCUGAAGAAGCAGCAAGAGCAUAUGAUGAAGCAGCAAUUUUAAUGAGUGGAAGAAAUGCAAAAACAAAUUUUCCAGUUUCUGAUAACAAUCCAAUACCAAAUAACAAUAAUAAUAACCAAAAAUUAUUUGCAUCUUCUUCUUCUUCUUCAAAUUGCACUACUACUAAUACAUCACUAUCUGCAAUUCUAAGUGCAAAGCUUAGAAAAUGUUGCAAAUCACCUUCACCUUCACUUACUUGUCUAAGGCUUGACACUGAAAAUUCACACUUUGGAGUGUGGCAAAAAAGAGCCGGCCCUCGUUCCGAUUCGAGUUGGAUCAUGAUGGUUGAAUUGGAAAGGAAGAAGAAAGAACAAGAGGAAGGAGAAAUAGUACCUAAUUCUAAUACGGAUACAUUGUCUCCUGUUGAUGUUAAUGAUAAUUCUGAAAAUGUCGUGAAACCUGAAGAGGAAGAGGAAGAAGAAGAUCAAAAAGAAAGAAAUGAUAAUAACAAUGGAUUAGAUGAAGAACAAAGAAUUGCACUUCAAAUGAUUGAAGAACUUCUAAAUCAUUGA